UCCAUCGUCCGCGUCGGCAAACAUGUCCGCUCGCAAGCGCAAGGUCGCGGCGAUUCAGCCGAUAUUUCAGGAGAUUCGGGACCUUCUCGUCAUUAUCAAACCGCGCCUCGGCGAGUCCAAGCGCUCCUCCUGGUCGUUCCUCGUCCCAGACUUAGACGAGGUUGCUACGCGGGCUGAAGCUAUUUUGCAGCAACGUCCAAAAGCAAACAAAGACUGGCAGGAUGUUGCAGAUGCUCUUGACAGGGAGGGCGUGUAUCUCUGGAACGCGGCCAGUAGUAUCAAGGGUACCGAGAACAACGGCGGUCCAGAAGUUGUGGCGGCAUUACGGAUGGCAGGGUUUCGUCUUAUCGAGGCAGGACUCGAGCAGCACCAGCCAUUUGAAGGACUCGUGCAUGUAUUACGUCUGGCGAGUAAAGCGGGUACUAGCCUAUCCGAGGUCGGUCGGCACGAUGUAGCCGCGAGCAUCCUGGCAUGUGCAGCUAAGUACGAAGAACAGCUUCGAGCGUCGGAUGACGCAGAACCUUCCCAUCAACAAACAAGGGCGCAGGCCGUUGUUUGUUAUUAUUCCAGUCGUAUGGAGGCAGCAUGGAGGGAAGGUAACGAUGGCGUGGCGGAGUUCAUGCUGCAGAAGGUUACAGAAAACGAUCAGCGCUUGCGUCUCUUGCCCCUUCAAGACCGGGUGGCUCUGGCAGCUAAACUUCUGGAAGUCGGGAGGUCUAUUCUGAAAACUGUCCGAGAUGGCCCUGGCGACGCUGGACAGCUGACGCUGGGACAAAGCGCUCUGAAGUGGAUGCAAAAAGCAUUCUCCACCAUUGAGUUGUCGGACGACGCAUCAAUUGCCGGGCUAGUCGAUCUUAAGCGGUCUAUUCUACGAAGUCUGGCGCGGGCAUAUUAUUUAUCUUCAUCUCACGAUACUGACAAUCUGGACCGGGCUGAGGCAGCCCUGAACGAACUGAUCGACACUCUGGACUCCGCUACAGACCGGGACAGACCAGAGCACCAACAGCUUCGUUGGAUGCGGAUAGCUGUUCUGAAGCGGCGGAAGGCUGCGGAACCACAAUUACUUGACGCGUUCAAAUCCAUUAUCGAUCACAUGAGCUAUUCUGACAGUAACGUUACGGACAUCUUACAGGAGUUGAGAACGCUAGCCCAAUAUCAUACGCUUGUUACCGCAGUUCAUCAGCAUGCGCUCCGGAAGGCAGUGGUUUUUGAGGGCAAGGGAUAUCUGCCUUGCGUGGAUCGUCUGCUCUUGUCACUCUUGUUCCAUUGUUCGAAAGACGAGAACCACCCCAGGGCGAUGCAAGAUGUCGAGGCGGCUCUCGCAUGCAUCCACGACGCCGAGAUCGUUCUCCCCAAAGUUCCCGCCACUGCCUGCCUGACGCUAUUGUGGCAAUUCGGCGACCGGCACUACAAUGCGAAGCGAUGGUUGGCGGCCGCCGACUGGUUCCUCUGCGGUACCCACCCGGUGUUCGCCAGUAUGGCCCGCCCGAUCGAUGCGAAGUGCUUUCGCAAAGCGGCCCUUUGUCAUAUCCAGCAACGAGAAUACUCCAAGGCGUCUGCAAUUCUCCGCCGGUGUCCGAACGACGGCGCCGCUACCCGUUACGUCGCUCUGCUUGCGGCAGUCCAUCAAGGGUCAGAGAACGAAGCCAUUCAAGCAGUACGAGGCAUGGCCGAAGCACCAGAUUUCGAUCGGAAGAUGCUUCUGCUGGCUACUCAGCUUGCCAACGAGUCGGAUAUGAAAACAUUGCUACUCGCGGUGCUAGAAGCGUUACUUGAUACCGUCCGAAAACAGGAUGGGCACCAGUUGCAUAUGGAAGCGCUGACGCUGAUCCGUUGUAUCAUUCGGCUCACGGUCAAGCUCAUGGCGGAGCCCGGUGUGAGCAGCAACGGCUACAUUCCCACCUUGAUAGGACACUUCAUCACCGGGAAGGCUCUGAUCGAAUCCCUCUCCAAGGCGCAACGUGCCGUUGCCGGUAAAGACAUCUCGUGGCUGUGGAGAACAGCUUACAACUGCGCGGUAAAAGGCUGCGCUGAUUGGGAGGGCGUGGAAGAUGCCGUUACGAACUUAUUCGAUAUCACGCGAGAACUCCUCGAGAUCUAUUGUGCCUCUUCUGUCACCGACGUAGACACCGAUCUCCACGUCUACGUCGCCAACGCUUCGUUUGCCGCGGUUGCAGGGAAAGUGUUUUUGCUACGUCGGCAACUCGAUGUUGCCGGUGAUGAUCUGAGUUUGGAUGGUAUGUUCCGCGCCAUAAGCUCAUGCAAGGCACGAAUCCAGCAGCUGCUUGACGACAAAUGUCUCAUUGCCGACGAGGACGUGUUACGCGCGAAGUCUUUCAUUCAUAUCCUCAGAGUGUUCCAGGCGGAAGUCUGCUGUCUAACAAAAGAUUGGAGAAGUCUCUUGGACGUUAUUCAAGACGCUGUCAGAUCUGAUGCCCUCGCCACGGAUACGUUCGAAGCAUUCGCGGACAUGCUGUGGGUGGAAAAGGAUAGCCCCGUCGAAGUACUCUUCGCCGCCCUAGAGGCAAUUCUUCACGCCAGCCUCGACCGUGCGUCGCUGUCCGUCGAAAAGUUCUCACGCUGGCUUCGUGCCAUCUGCACGAUACUCCUGUCCAGGAACUCCCCGACAGAUAGAGCGAAGGCUCUGCGUUACGUUGAGCAGGCCGUCGCCGUCCUGGAAGAGCACUCGGACGAUCUACGCGGUGAGAACGUCAGUGCCCCAUUUAGCUCAAUUGAGCGGACUGAGGACGGCUCAGAAAAGGUUUACCCAAUGGACGAGCGGCAAUGGCUCCUUGGAACUUCAUACAACACGGGUAUUGAAUGUCUUCAGUACACUACUCAUUCACGCCACGCAUAUCCCCUGCUAAACUUUGUUUGCAGCGUGUCCCUAGCGGAUGAGGCGCGAAGAUGGUUUGAAGCUUCCACGGUCAUUUGCCGCUUUGUACCGGACGGCGAGGCACGUGCGAUAAAGAUCUCCGAGACGUACACGGCCCUUCUUGCAAAGUUCCGCCCUGGCGCCGACAAGUCGACAGACUCCGAUCUUUCAUGAGAGCCCUGACAGGAUGCUCCAGCGUUGGCGACUAUGACUCCUGCCAUGUUUUGCUUUCUUCCCUCCCUGGCUGUUCUCCCGCUCGCCUACUCUCGCUGACUAUCGCCACUACCUGCCCUGGAAAACUGCACGUUGUGCGCUCGAACGUCAUCGCUCUUGGUACUGAACUCUGGUCCUCUGCCAUAUCAGUCCUGUGUCGUCUAUCUAUGCGCCCGUGGUCUGCUGUUCAUCGGAGUAAUUCAAAUUCCACGCUUUUGUGCAGCGUGAACAUGCAGACACCUAUGACAUCGUUCGGCCUCGUGAACUAGGUCUGGAGCUUGCCAGGGUCCUCUUGUGCAGCUGUCGCUUUCUGGCGUGAAACACUAGCCAAUAUCGAUAGCGCUGAGUGUCUGCUCGGCAAUGUGUUCGCUACGUUGCUGGGAGCUAUCGGGGUCUGUAUGCAUCCCGGGUCCCUGCCACCUGGGUCUAGAGUCUCGGUACUGCUUAGGGGCAUGUGAGGUAGGGCCGGCUGACAGGGAUGCAAACGGCAGUGGAAGUGGGUAAUCUCAAGAAUGGCCUUAUGAAACGUAAAAGUGCGCCGCCUCGCCUUUCUACUUUGCUCCGACUAUACCGCUCUGGCUGACCGAUUAGACUGGCGCGUUGUGGGUCCGUUUUAUAUUACAGCGUUCCAUGGUAUUUGUAUUUCAUUGAAUCGUUCCGUGGCAUUGCUAUGCGCUUGAUUGUUUGUCGUCCGCGAUGGGCAAGUGUAUCUCUUGUGCAAGAACCAUAGUAAGGCUAGU